GCGCCGACCUACUCCUUCUUGUGGCAGUCACUGAGAUGAUCAUCCUUGAUAUUACCUUGUAGGAGUUGUAGGAGCUCUAGUAGCACAUUUGGUUGUUCGUGAUGGUCCGCUAACGCAAUCUCACAGUUAGAGCCAAACAUUGAACAACUUCUUUGCUAUAACUGUGAGGUGGUUUAAUAUGAUUAUGAGUACGGUUGUAUACGAUGAUUCUGUGCUGACGCGUCGAUGAAGAGUCAGUUGUAAACAUAUUAGAAACAAGUGUUUGUCUUUCAUCAUCCAAGGCGUACACUCACUUGUGUGAAUACGAUGAAGAAAGAUGAGAAGCUGCUGGCCCUGGCGUAAUCGCAUCGCAGCCACCGUCUUGUAGAACGAGUACAAGGACUGCAUCAAGAUCAACGAAUAUCGCAGAGGAAUUGUAGAACCGCAGUGGCCGCCCGCGGCCAUCUUCAAGAUUGCAGUCGCAGUCUUCUUGGGUGUAGUUCUACAACACCAACAAAGACAUAAGAGAAAAGUCUUCCAGCAUCUCGCUCAAGCAUAUCAGGCUCAACUACCUCAUCAGGAUUUCACCGUAUCAUUACCAAGCUCAACCGCAAGCGCAACGUAAGCCGCCGAGAGAUACUUCUUAGUCCAAAACUCACUUCGACUUCCACUUCCUCCAGCACCAACUAUGGCGUCUCCAUCGGAGCAAGAGGGUGCGCGUGGGUCGCACAUACUAGAUGCGAUUCAUGAUAACGCGGCAGAGCAGCAGGGUGAAAGACCGUCUCCAGACAUCGAUCCGAGGAGAAAAAGCACGACCAGUAGUGGCAGUGCUAGUAUAAUUAUGGUUUGGAUUUGGAAUAGUUGUUGAAAAUGAAUGUUGCAAAUUACUUAGAAAAAAGGCUCCGCGUGUUGUGAUGUUGACGGGCACAUAAUCCUUGCUUUCAUGAGAUUACGACAACUGUAGUACAACUACAGAGAAGUAUUUUUACCUGGUUUGAAUCUGAGUCCUCUGACUCCGCAGCUGCUGCCAUCGAAGUUUCCUCUCAGCGGACCACGACCUCUAAUCCGCCCAAAAAUGUGACUACGGUGAUGUCUCGUGCGCACGACCCAAGUAUACGGAUUGAGGACGAGUACGAUCUGGAAGCCUCCAUGGUUUUGGGUACGGGGUUCUGUGGUAACGUGAUCAUGGGGAAGAGCAAGGUGACGGGACAACGAGUGGCCGUAAAGUUAAGGGUUGAAGAAACAUUUCAUUUCUACAUGCGCUUCAUCUCGUCCCGCAGAAUGGGAAUUGCUACCUAAAAAUGAAUUAGAAUUGUUGUUUCAACCUUUAAUGAAGAGUCUGCGAAAAAACGAAUACGCAAACGGAGACGAGACCCAAGCCGAGGUGAUGGCGAGGGUCAGAGCGGAAUGUGAGAUCUACCUCAACGUCGAUCAUCCAAAUAUUAUGAUGAGAGUACUACUUCUGCCUCUGUAGUAGUUGUUCUUGCUUUAUAGAAUCCGGUGCAGCUGCACCGGAAUCGAAUACUGUUAGACAUACACUCAAGUCCCUAUUUUUUCUAGUACCUCUUAUAAUGAUAAGAGGUACUUGUCCACUUAUGACAAGUGGAUAAGAAGAUAAGGUAUCUUCUCUAAUAACCUCGUCCGACUACGAGACAUGUAUGAGACCGAUGAGGCGAUCUACCUCGUUUGCGACUGCUGUACUGGUGGCGAGAUGUAUGAUCGACUACUAAAGCGUGGCCAGUACGAUGAAGCCGCUGCUGCGGCAGCGACCAAGGGCAUGCUUCUGGCAGUGAGCUACGUCCACAACACGAUGAACAUAGUGCAUAGAGACUUGAAACUACAGAAUUGGCUUUACCCCAAUGCAGAUAGCGCGGAUGAUGAAGUGAAGCUCAUCGAUUUCGGCUUCUCCAAAGUGCUGCAAGACGCAGUCGCGACAAGAGCAGUCACAGCGGGUACAGUGGAGUAUCUUUAAGGACAUGAUUAUUAGCAGUAGCUACUACAACUACAACUACUAGACCUUACCAAGUAGUACUCGAAGAAACUUUUCAACAUCGAUUUCUAUCUUCAGGUGGAUAGAAGAAGGGCACUAUCCUUCAACAUAUACAUCACUGAGACCACAAAGGUCGACUCACCACCUCGCUCCCCUAAUCCCUCGCACCUGAGCUGUUGCACCAUGAGAGCGCCGUUGAGUACCCCGGAGACAUGUGGGCCGUUGGGGUGAUUGUUUUUAUGCUUCUAGGCGGCUAUCCUCCUUUCUCGGGCAAGAACAACAAUGAGAUCAUUGCGGCCAUUCGGAAACACGAAAUCAAGUGGUUUCGUUCCCGGUUCGCGCAGGUCAGUUCAGAGGCGAAGUCGUUUGUCCUGUCUUUGUUAGAGAAGGACCCAACAAAGCGGGCUACUGCUAGACAAGCAUUAUCGCAUCCCUGGAUCCGGAGGACGGACGUAGAUGGAAAGGCAGCACCAGAGAACAUCCUGAAUGGCGACGUACUCGAUGCACUGGCGUCAUUUAGACAGAAGUUAUGAGUAAGGGCUUUUUAUUUGCAAACGAUCUUCAAGAUCAUGAUUGAAGAUAACUUGCGGUUGAUGUCGUGAAGGCGCAGAUAGAACAUCGUCUGUGAGGGUGAAGGAUGAAGAGAUCAUUGUCCCUGCGGUCUCCCAAGGUACUUUCCAAAAUAAAUUAUGUACGACCGUGAGAGAAAAUAGAGACCGCCUACCGCUGUUUUCCUCCCACCCUCUAACCCCAACAGCUUUUGAGAAAGCCGUGGCGAUGAUUAUGGCGCAGUGUCUUGGACGUUCUGAGGUAGCCGCGAUGGAGAAGAUCUUCAUGUCCUUGGAUGCGACUAGGGAAGGAAGCGUGCAAUUAUGGGAAUUGCGGGAGGCUUUGAGGAAAGUAGCGGAAAAGGAUCCAACAAGAAAAGGACUAGAUCAACUCGCAAACGAAGUGGAGAAUCAUGCCGUAUUUUUGGAUUGUUGUUGUCAUUGGAUGGCGUUGGUAAAUAGGGAAUACUAAGAGCGCAAUUUUGCACUUGCUGGUGAUUUUGUUUUUUCAACGACAUAUUUCUUGCUUUCCUGAAGUGAAAACGAACUCAUUCUCGUAAGAACGUCAACCAAGCCCGGCCGUGCCUCACCGCCAGGCGCUACCUACGCACAGUCGCCGCCUCCUGCACACCUAGCCCGACAUGCCAUAAAAGUCGGCGGAGACUGUGGCGACUAGACAUACCAUAGCCGAUCGCAAUGACGGCCAUAGCGCAACGCACACAGAGCACAAAGAAACCCGGCGGGAUUGUACGCGUCGCCCGGAGCGCAUCAAAACAAACAAACAAACAAACUCGCUCACACAUUCAGCAUCAGAAACUAAUCAACUUGAUUCAAGUCUCAUUUUCCCAUCAUGAAAAUCAAAAUAUGUGGUCUAACAAAAAUCUCAACAGGAGAUCGACGAAGGGAAGCUAUCUCAGAUCUUCGACGACUUGGACUACAACCAUGACCACCAUAUCUACUUCAGCGAUUUCCUCACAGCUGUGGUGUCUUGCAAGAUUGACCAGGGUUCAGAUAAGCUGAUCAAUUAAGGCUUACUGACUCUCGUACAACUGAUUGACACAGACAGACUGACACUCGAUUUAUUUCUAGUUUCACGAUCACGACAUUGAUGAACCAUAUUUAUAUGUACUUACUUAGGAUUGAAAGCUUGCUUUCUUAGUAUAUAAGCCGCGACGCGCGUGCGGGCGCAUGCUCGUGGCGUCUCGGGUAGCGAUGCCGGGCCACCAAGGUCCCCCCCGUCGGCAAAGACUGACAGGGGCAAGCAAGCACAAAAAGCGCCCAGCGAAGUCGCGACAAGGUGCGCGCCUCCUUGUUUCAAUCCGCUAGCGGGUUCCCUAGCGGUCUUCGGGUGUUUUCUAUUUUUCUUUCAUAUUCAUGUGAGUGACUAACACUUCUUCACUGAUUUUUUCGCUGUAAUUAUAUCUUUCUCUUGUUUUCGACUCUACUACCAAGUUACAACUUACUCCUCUAACCCACGGCAACUUUCGAUCGCUUCGACGUCGACAACAGUGGAAUGAUAUCGAUACAGAAUUUACAAAACCUUUUCGGCGCAGAAUUUCGCGACGUACCGGUCCUUGAGCUCAUAAAAGAAGUGGACUUGAUUAUGAUGAACACCUUUUGAUACUGCUAAGAGGUCCCUCCGCCUGGUGUUGUACAUGUGUAGACCUGUGCAGCAGCAGCAGCAGCACAGCAACAGCUUUGACUUUGCUUAGCACUGUUUCUUGAAUGUUGACAGUAAAUGAAAAUUAUCCGCUGUUGUAAUAUAGGAAUAUCACUAGGUUUGCCACCCAGUCAGAGGUCCCCAGCAUCUCCGUCCUUUACCUCCACACCUCUGGUAUCCUGCUCUAACCCCAACGGUGACCAGCUGAUAUCCUUCGACGAGUUCAAGUACUUCAUCAAGAAGCGAAGGGGCCUCUCGAAGCAGACCAAACCUGUGCUGCCGCAAAAUGAAUCGGCAGUGGAUCGCGUAGAAGAUUUGUGAACAAGUCCUCUGAGGUCACUGUAUGUAGCUUGAUUCAGCCGACGUAGACUUACUCGUCGUACUAGCAGGAGCAAGCGAGCUAUGACGGCCAAGAAGACAAAUUCGGAUUCGUCAAGCAGCUGUGGUUUGGGAGAGAGUGAUUGAUAUUUCUUUGUCAUCUACUUCGUUCUACUGCUUUCGCCCACUACUAGAAGAUGAAGACCUUGUUCAUGACGAGGUAGGAAGAGCUAAGGCUAUAAAGAACGAAUUCUACAACUCUCCUUGAUAAAGUAGAUACAGAUUGAUACUAGAUACAGUGUUCUUUCAUAAUAUUACCCGGUCCUCCACUACGAUGUUUAUGACGCACCUCCGCCACUUGUGAUUUUCAUAUUGAGCUCUUCAGCAUUCUCAUUCCCACACUCAAUGAAAAUAGAUCCACUCGCUCCACCAAAAUCCUCGUCUUUUAUCACUGUAAGUAGUACCUCCAAGAAAUGAACGCAUCGUGAACGUGAUCGUUAAGGCCCCGCCCGUCUCUGUGUGUCAUCGCGACCGAAGUUUUUCUACAUUGAUUCUACUCCAGAAUGAUCGCAAGUGAGACGUAUAGUACAACAUCCUUGUUUUCAUCGAAGAGCAUCG